ACCCGCCUCAGUGAGUUUGUGCGCGCUCCCGAAGAGUCCCAAAACAUAAACACUACACGACGAAACCGGACAGAAGAUCACCAACUGCGUGAUAAAAUGACAGUCGUUUGGAAAGGAGUCGUUUGAAGCUCACUAUUAAUCAGGUUCCAGUUUUUCUCCUGCCUCCAGCCAUGUCUUGUCGUGACGUUCACGCCACCAAUGCUUUCGCCUUCAUCAUCGCAAUGCUGUCAGUGGGUGGUCUGAUGGUCGCCAUGCUCAUUCCCCAGUGGAGAACCACCCGCCUUCUCACCUUUAACCGCAAUGCUAAAAACGUGACCGUGUACGAUGGCCUGUGGACAAAGUGUGUGCUGCGAGAUGGUUCUUCAGGUUGCUAUUACUUUGAUGCAGACUGGUAUGCCAAAGUAGACCAGUUGGACCUCAGACUACUUCAGUUCUGUUUACCUGCAGGCCUGCUGUUUUCCAGCUUGGCUCUUCUGCUUUGCCUCACUGGCAUGUGUAAAACUGCUUGCUGCUCCAAAACUCCUGAUGACAUCAAGAACUCCCGCUGCUUGGUCAACAGCUCAGGCUGCCAUCUAGUGGCUGGGAUGCUUCUGUUUCUAGGCGGGGCAAUUGCCAUGCCACCCUCUGUCUGGUUCCUGUUCCACACGCGUAAGCUUAAUGAGCGGUAUGAUAAUCUGUUUGCUGUUGAGUUUGGGGUGUAUGUGGCCAUUGGCAGUGCUGGUGGUCUAAUCCUAGCCGCUCUGCUGAUGCUCAUGUGGUAUUGCAUGUGUAAAAAACUGCCUUCACCCUUCUGGCUACCUCUACCUGAAGUUCCUGCAAUGACCAACAGCCUCUCAGCUCAGCCCCUCAUGGCCAAUGGCUUGCCUUCUCCCAUGACAUAUGCGCCCCAGAGCUUCCCUCCGGCUGUUCUGGAUGCCCCCACUUUUUUCCCAGCACAGGGUUACCCUCAGCCUGCACCCACACAGCCUAUGCCGCCCCAUGUCUACAUGCCACAGAUGUCCAUACCUGAUGGUUACGGUAUAGAACUUGGAGCCUCACAGGCAUAUAGUUACGCUCCCUCUCAAAGCUACGCGCCUUCUCAGGGAUAUGCCCCAUCUCAAAGCUACGCCCCCUCACAGAGGUAUGCUGGGCACCGCUAUUCCACACGCUCCCGUAUGUCUGGCAUUGAGAUUGACAUUCCUGUCCUUACAGACUGACAAUGAGUUAGUUGUUUCAAAUCAAACAGGUAAAACUGGUGUUCUCUUCCUAAAAAUUAGUAAUGGUAAAUUAACUGUGGCAGGGAAUUUGAAGUGAACAAAAUAAAGUGAAACUAAAAGAAAUGCCUUUUAUUCAAUUUAUGUAGCCAGGUGCCUCUUAGUAAUAGCACUGAAAAUGGCCAUACAAUGUAAAAAUUAUCAAACCAAUAACACAGGUGCAAUUAGAAAGUUGUGUACCUCUCUCAAUGAGUUUUAUUCAUAAAACCCAAGCAGUACACAUUUCUGUGUAAACUGUUAAUAAUUUCCCUGAAUAUGUUGCAUUGCAUUAAAUUCAGUGUGACAGGUUUACGUAUUAUGUACACAGAAAUUCAUUCCGUUCACGUUGCAUGACCUUAUGUCUUUUUUCUGCUUUUAAACCUCAACACUAACACUGAACUUUAUGUUGAUGUUAAACACUGUUUUAACCUGUUAGUGAAUAUGCCUGCUAACAUCUAAAUGUGAUUAGUAAAUGCUUAAAAGAGACGCAACCUACAGUUUUAUGACUGCUUACACUAUUCCUACUGUCAAUGCCAUGAAUUUUCAUAUUUGCCUUAUUGUUGUAAUAACUGAACAUCAUGUUUUUUUUUUUUUUUCUAAAUUUCUGAUGUUACAUAAAGUGAAGGAGAAGUAGAUUUACCUGCUGUUUAUUAUUAUUUUUGCAAUGGAAAUACAUUUUUAUUUCCGUUUUGUUGUCAGUUUAAAAACUGUCAAGAUGCUACAUGAACACUUGUGUAACAGAAUCUGUUUUUAUUUUAUUUUAUAUAUGUUUAAGGGUUCAUUACUCAUUUCUGCCUGAUGCCUUCGAGCAGUUUAGCUACUGUUAUCAAGACUGUACUACCACUUUUUGAUUUAUGCUUUGUAAUUAGCCUUACAUGAACUACAAACCAUGAAUGAAACACUACACUGCAUUCCACUCUCUCCUUUUAGUGCAAAUGUUUUUAUUGCAUUUUAAAGGUGUCACACCAGAGAAGUCAUUGCAGUGUAACUCAGAGCAUUUUAAUUAAAUGCUGUAGUAGUAUGUUUGUUUACUGUUACAUAGUCCAUUGCUACAUUUUUUUAAAAAACACUAAUGUCUCUAAAACAAAUAGUUCCUAUAACAUUGCCUAUGACAUAUUGCACAGAUCAAUUUCAUCUUGCCUGUUUCUACAAAGCUCUAUUGCAAAAUGUUUAUGUCAUUUUUAAUAUGUUUUUUAAUACAUGUAUAUGUGUGUGAGUGUGUGUGUGUGUAUAUGUAACCUGUAUAGAGUACUAAUGUGUUGAUUGCAAUUUAUUAAAUUAAAUCUGCUGAUUUAUUGAAAUAUA